AUGUACAUCGUGGCUUCAACCACGCACAAGAAGGGCCAGGCGCGACAGAAGGGCAACGUCGAGCUCGCCCUCAAGGAGAUCAAGACCGGGACCAAGGCCUCGCGCACCUUCUCCUCCUCUGACUCGGUGGAGGAGGUGGACGUGCCCGUGGAGCCGCACACGAUCCUGUACGUGGACGGCGAGGGCGUGCACGCCAUGCACGAGGAGACCUUCGAGCAGCUAGCGCCCCUGGACGGGGACCUCUUCGGGCCGCUCCUCCCGCUGAUGACGGACGGCGUCCGCGUCGGGCUGCGGAUGCACGACGGGGUGCCGGUCGGGGUCGUGCCGCCCGACAUCGUCACCGCGGAGGUCGAUACGGUGCCGCCCACAUCGACCGGGUCCUCGGUGGACAAGGCGGCGAAGCGUGUGCGGCUCGUGGGCGGCCACGAGCUGUCCGUGCCUGACUACAUCGCCCCCGGGGACAAGAUCGUCGUGCGCACGUCCGACCUGGCGUACAGCAGGCGGGCAAACGAGGACAAGAAGCGGUCGACGUGA